AUGAGCAACACGAUCCAGCAUUUCUCCGAUGCUUCUCAGUCCCGAAUCGCCUUCCUCGAGGCCCUCGAGAAGAGAGUGCAACAAAUCGAGCUUGACUCCAGGAUAAAGUGGCCGGAAGAUAAUCUCGACAAAUUCUUCGAGGACAUGGGCUACUACGAGCAGAUUGACUACCAAGACGACUACAAUGACGGCAAUGAGACCGAUGAUGAACUUGAAGACCAAGUCUACUCCGCCUCUGACUCAGACGACGACCCGUACAGGAGGAAAACCCUCGACGAGAGAGCAGCAACUCUCGUGAACCGAAUCAUGAACUAG